AUGGCGUUCGAGAUACCCACAACUCUUGUAUCCUUGGACCUUCGUGCACCAUUAUACAUGGCACUCCAGACGAUCAUCGCAGCCACCCUGAUAUGCUCUACCCCUAGAGAUUCCAUCCUCAGAGUCGCAUCGCUUCCUUUGUUCAUCUAUCUGAUGCUACAGUCCUGGGAAGCGGCCGCAGCAUUCACUGGACAAGGAGUUCUCUAUUCGUUUUGGUGGGUUGGUCCUUACGCCAACAUCUUCCACUGUAUGAACAAUAUGGUCCUCCACCCACUCGAUAGCGACGACAUUCACCUCGAAAUGCGAAAGUGGGAGAAGAAGCCCUUGAAACCUGCCGGAGCCAGUUUACUGAAUCGAAUCAUCUUCACCACGGCAACGCUUUUCAGCUACAGAGGCAUCAACACAACGUGGCAGAUCGGUUACGUUCCAGAAUUCCCAGGAAAUGUAAUUCCAACCCGUGCGAGAUUCCUCUUUCGCCAAUGCUGGAUGAUUGCACUCCAAUAUCUGAUCAUGGAUGUACUCGCGAGCUCUCCGCCACCCGCGGAUGUUGUCGAAAGUUGGGCCAACGGGAAAGAAUGGCUGUGGCUUUCCCUGAAUCCUCAUCGCGUCACGACGGGUGACCUCUUCAAUCGCCUGGUUGGGUGUACGAUGAAUUGGUUCAUUGUUGGCAGGGUCAUGAAUGAUAUCUGGUACAGGGUGUUUUCGGUCAUUUUUGUCGGACUGGGUCUCAGCCAGCCGAAGCAAUGGCCGCCGCUCUACGGAAACUAUGCGGAUACCUUUACACUACGUCGGUACUUUGGAAGAUUCUGGCACCAGACGGUCCGGUGGCCCUUUCUGGGCGUUGCAACUUACAUAAGCCGAAGAGUGCUUGGAAUGACCAAAGGGGUUGCCGAUCAACAUACAAGAAACUUCAUCGUGUUUUUCUUGUCCGGAACCUUGCAUUCGAUUCUUUACGUUGCCUUUGGAGGUUCAUGGAACCCAGCGGCUGGACUGAUUUCAUUUUGCUCUUUCCCGCUCGGCAUCAUGUUUGAGGAUGCUGUACAAUCUGUUUGGCGAAGAUCGAUGGGCAGGAGUGACUCCAACAAGGUGUGGUUCAUGGAGAGAGCGGUGGGCCAUGUCUGGGUGGUGAUCUUCUUAUCACUUGUGUCACCCAUCUUCAACUACCCUCUGCAGCGGAUCGAAGGCAAUCCAACAUAUCUGGUGCCUUGGAGUGUUGUACACAACAUAAAAGAGUUUAUAUAG